AUGUCUUCUCCGCAGGAUCGUAGGCGAAAGCCACGUCGUUCCCGGGGGAAAGAUGAUGGUGCAAACGAAACCGCCGCGGCUGUUGGACUUGAAUCACCACGAGAAAUCGAGGUGAAAGAGCCAGAGACCCCAUCGAGGACCGAAGGUCGUGCAAAGGAUAAGGCCACAGCCCAUGGUCGCUCGGGCGUGAGAAAUAGCCCUGGAGAUGAUCAUGAAGAGAGUGCUGUUCUCUCUGAGAGAACCACAUCUGCCACAUCACCGCUGGCCAACAAAGUGAAAGAAGGCAAGGGCGUCUCCUUCCCUCAUGUGGACGAUGAGGACCUCUGGCGGGCUAUCUUUGACUGGACAUUCCAGCCGCGCAGCGACUCGCGAGUGCUUGCUGACGAGGUUUAUCGGAACUUGUCCACCACCCAAGACUAUCAAUUCCUUCUGGAAGCAAUGAGAUGUGACCGUCUGAGGGAACCAAGGCUUCGAGAUACAUACAUGCGACUUUAUCUGCUAGCCAGGAGUUAUGGGCCUGCCUCACCAUCAUCUGACGUCGAAGAGUCCAGGAAUCGCUUUGACGGGCUCUCUGAAGAGUAUCUCAACCACACGGGUGUGGAAUUCGACCAGCUCGCUGGCCAGCUCCGACAGAUGACCAUGCUUCAGAAAGUGGGAGAAGAAGAGGAUGAAGGAGCGAUGUCAGUGUCCCAAACUUCGUAUCCAUUUCACCAGAUUCAGAGCUCGGCAAAGGGAAAGAGCAAAAUAGCGCGGCCACAGUCUUCUUACGAAGCCACACAAAAUCGACUGCCAUCUCAGGCCUCGAAUGACAGAAUGGAACCCGGCUAUCGCAUAAGGGAAAGCAAAUGGUUCAGCUUCGGCCGAGUUUUCAAAAUGCUAUGGCAUGACAAUGCCACAGGGUUCAAAGUGCAUGCCAACACCACAUCGAUCAAACAGCCUGGCGAUGACACAGGCCAUAUAACCCAGGGUCCAUUAGGCCAGACGAUCUAUAGCCAGAUCCGCCGAUUCGCUGUCGUGAAGAAAGGCCAUGGGUUCUCGUGGGCGAUCCCCAUUAAUACCUAUCAUGAGAAAGGGACUACCCGGAAGAGUUUUGAUAAACAUGAUCGUCAAGCACAUGCCAUCAUUUACCUAGAGGGUACGAAGCCAGAGUCUCUUCCCGAGGAGGGUGAACUGCGGAAGGAACCCAUCGAGGUGGUUGGUGCAAGCGGCGACAACAAGUUACACAAAGCAAGUCGCAUUCGUUUCGACAAGGUUUUCACUAUUGAACAUAACGUCCUCGUCAAGAACGUCGGGAGAAUCUCCAAGGACUCGAUGCCUUACUUCAGUUCCUACUGGCGAGAGCAGGCUUUAGCGGACUUGGAUGGCCACGAUGGCCCAAGCGCUCAGCUGAAAACCCUUUGA